AUGGUCGCCGAACAUCUCACGAUCCGUAAUAACACCAGCACUCCCAUCAUCCUCAAGCGCAUUGAGCGCUUCGAGGCUCCCAGGGAGAGCAGAGGCGAUGACAUCGCUACGCUGGCAAAGAACUUCACCCGUGUGCUCACCAACACUACUCGCACGACGGAGCCUGUCAAGGCCAUUCAUAUCGACACUCGUCCCUUCGAGGAGCACAAGGAUGUCGAUAUCCGUGUCGAGCCCUUCGCGACCAACAGAACCGACCGAAAGGCAUUCAUCCACUCUGAUAAAGAGCGCAUGCGUCUGACUUUCGAGGUCGAUGGCGAGCGUCACUCCAUACAAACGCCCGUCCCAACUACAGAGUCAGCCACCAUGAACGCCGAGUCCGAGAACACCAGGCACCGCUUCACGGGCGUCUACGUGACACCCGAGUCGCACCUGGCCAUCUUCUCGUCUGCCAAGCUAAACGCAUGGAUGGGCGAACUGCGCGACGAUACUCUACUCUCCGCACUCUCCAUCCCUGGCACCCACAACUCGCCCACCUGCCACGUCGCGCCACCCUCGGUGCGCUGCCAGGCCGUCAGCCCACGGGAGCAGCUGAAGAACGGCGUGCGCUUCUUCGACAUCCGCGUUCAGCCACAGUACCCCGACGACCCUGCCAAGGAUGAACUAGUCCUCGUCCACAGCGUCUUCCCCAUCUCGCUAACCGGCAACAAGUACUUCCGCGACUUGAUGAGGGAAGUCAACGAAUUCCUGGAGCAGAACCCCUCCGAGACGCUAAUCAUCUCCCUCAAGCGCGAGGGUCCUGGAAACGCGAAGGAUGAGCAGCUCGCCAACAUUCUUUCCCGCCACUACGCUCGCCCCGACAGCCGCUGGUGGGUGCGGCCCAAGAUCCCAACUCUGGGCGAGGCCCGGGGUAAGGUGGUUCUCGUUCGUCGUUUCAAUCUGCCCGAUGAGCUCAAGGGAGAGCAUGGCGGCAAUGGAUGGGGCAUUGAUGCCGCCGCGUGGGCAGAUAAUACUCCCAACGCGACCUGUCCCAGUGGCCAUCUCUGUAUUCAGGACUUCUACGAGGUUCAGGAGACCACCAACAUCGAGAAGAAGAUCGAGUUUGUCAAGGAACAGAUUGAUCGGGCCAGUAAAUGCCGCUAUCCGUUCGGUGUGCUGCCCGGUCCAGUGGAGGCUCGCCAGUUUCCUUUCUAUAUCAAUUUCCUCAGUGCGAGUAACUUCUGGAAGACUAAUACCUGGCCUGAGAAGAUUGCGGCUAAGGUGAAUCCCGCCACUGUUGAUUAUAUUUGUCGUCGUCAGACCGAUGGGGACGGGGAUUGCUCAACUGGUAUCCUAGUGACGGACUGGGUUGGUCUGGAUGGAGAUUGGGACCUUGUGCGCUGCAUUGUCGGCAUGAACGCUAAGCUGCGCUUGAGAGAGAACUAG